AUGGCACAAGCGACGGCUGAAAGAGCCGAAGAGGCUUUGUCGUACCUCACGCCUGAAGAGCGACCAAUCUUCCAACGCUGCUUUCGAUUGCUGGCAGAGGCUCACUCCGAAUUAGAUACUCACCCUCUCCGGGACGGCUUUGAUGCUGACGAGUUUCUCUACUACUUCGGCGAUGUGUUCGGGCUCGAGGAAGCAUGGUCCCGUUUAGAAGAAUCAGUUCAUCGGCGCUUGCAAGAUGUGGUGAAUCAAUGGACGGCUUUGAUCGAAGCUCUGGAUGAUUCUCGUACUGCUUCCUUCGCAAGCCGACUUCGAGUUGAACGGCACCGACUUCGAGUUCAACUACUAUUGGACACUCUUACUGUCUCCAACGCAACCGCUGCCACUUUGUUAUCGAGCCCCGACGGGGUCGCUUCGCAAUGCUCAAUUUGCAAGGAUCAGCUCGCCCAACCCGAACACACCAUUGUUCAGCUCCCAUGCCAUCCCACCCAUCUUUUCCACCGUGACUGCGUUCAACCCUGGGUAGAAGACAACUUGAACUGCCCUAUUUGCCGCGUUGAAAUUGAACUGCCACCUGCCUCGGACUCGGACUCAGACUCAGACUCGGACUCGGAGCCUGAUGUCUGA